UCUAUGACUGGAGCUGUUGCUUUAGAUCAAUUGUGAGUAGGCUUGAAAGUUUCGUGAAAAUUUGGAAUUUUUGUUUGAGGGAAUGUUCUACAACUUCGAUUGACAGAUCUACCAGUUUUGGAUGGAAUUGCACCACUGGAAAUAGUGUGCAGUAACACAAUGCUAUGAAUACCAUCCGUCGCUUGUUAGGUUUUUGGAGACAAGAAGAUUGUUGCUAUUUCAGCUAUAACCAGUAGUAUUGUGCAAAACUCAAUAAUUUGUUGAGGAUUUGAUAGUUCUGUAACACUGGGAACUACUGCAUGGAAAGACUAAUGCACCAACUGAACUUGUGUUCAGUAUCACAUUCCUAUAUGACUAACAUCCGUUUCUUGUAGGUAUCUGGAGAAAGGAACAUCGUCUUUCGGCUAUAAACAAUAGUGUUGUGCAAAACUCAACAAGGGGAAGGAGGGAAGUAUUUCGUCAAGCAAUGUUGCAUAGCAAGAAAUUUAAACUGAACUGCAAACUGAUUGCUGUAUUCGAGAAUAACAAAUGAUGAUUUUUUAGUAGCAAUUGAAACGUGGCAUUUCGCUCUGCUAUUCAAGGGGAAACGUUCACUGCGGGCAAGAUGGAAACUGGUGAAGGUUUUAAGUCAGUUAUGGACCACGGAGUUGAAGUCAGCACCGAGUUUCUACCGAAGAUCCCUUGCUCGAAAUUCACAAUCAUCGGCAACUCGCGCAUGCGUAACAAGAAACCAGUUCGUAAGAAAGAACCGAUGUGGACGGUUCCAAGAGAGACCCGGCGUCUUCAGAAGAACCAAGCUUUGGAGAUUGGUUCUGAGCAGUCGCCAGAACUCAAACGUAAGUCACACGAGCAGAAAUUUGGGAACCAGGAGGAACUGAAUCGGUUUGAUAAGAACGGGAUAUACGGAGAUGCUUUUCACCGUACGCUGGAUAUUAUGGUAGACCCGGGUGCCGACGGGCGGGACCCCGCAUUGCGCUACCCCGAAUCGAAGGUCGAACGCAAGUACAUUGACGACUUCUAUCGGGACAGGACUAGCUUGUUUCUUCCCAACUACGGAGGGAAUGCUCCGAAUAAAGCAACCCGUAAGUUUGGCAUGCAUAUGUCGCUGCCUUCGCUAAAGGAAGUUGACGGCCAACAGCAGCAACAGACUUGCAAAGGGAACGCCCGGCAUUACUGCGAUGUCGUGGGACAGCGUUACUGCACUGCUUGUCUCAGGGUGCACCGCCUGGACAAACUUGCCGUCAAAGCCAGAGACAAACUGGAACAGCAGCACCCGAUGUCCAAAUCACUGACUGUCCUACCGAGGAUACGGAAUCACGACCACACACAAGAACUCACAGGAACUGCACCCUUUUCUCGUAGAAGCGUAACGCGAACGAAAUCGUCACCGUUGCUAGCCCGGUCAACGGACUUCUCGCGCGGACGGGACACCACGGGAGAUUUGGCGGGAAACCAGCCGGAUCGCCACGAAAGAAAGAGACGAAAGUUGGUGCAAAGGACGAGGGUGAUUACAGAUAGAGUUCCAUCCCUAUCAGAUAUUGCAACGGAUAAUGACAGUCGACACUUAACGUCAUAAUUAAUUGAUUGCUUCCCUUUUG